ACGAACAUUUUAAAGUUGACAGGUUAAACAAAUGGCAGGAAAGAAGAAAGAAGCGAGUUUGCAGGCGUCGGUCACAAACCAGGAGCAGUGGGAGGAAAUGCUCGCAACCAAAGGUUUAACUGUCGUCGAUGUUUACCAGCAGUGGUGUGGUCCCUGCCGUGCUGUUGUCAGCCUUCUGCGCAAAAUAAAAAACGAGCUGGGUGAUGACCUGUUACAUUUUGCCACAGCCGAGGCAGACAGCAUUGAUGCUUUGGAAAGGUAUCGAGGGAAAUGUGAGCCCACUUUCCUGAUCUAUGCGGGCGGGGAGCUGGUGGCGGUGCUGCGAGGAGCCAACGCUCCUCUGCUCCAGAGAAUGAUUUUAGAGGAACUGAGCAAAGAGAAGUUGGUUCUGGAGCACGGUGGUGAACGUAAAGUGGUUAAAGAUGACGGUCUGGUGAAUGAUGAAGAAGAGGAGGAGGCGCCUCAGCAGUCAGAAAAUGAAGAAAGCAUAACAGUUCCUGUCAGUAGAUCCUACACAGUCGCCAUCAUCAAACCAGAUGUUGUUGCUCAUGGCAAAGCCAAUGAGAUUAUUAUGAAGGUCUCUACGCUCUGUGCAGAUGAUGCAGCAACAAGUGCUGUUUCCUGA